AUGGCACCCUCACUUGUUACCAUAGACGCCUCGGAGCCUCUUGAGAAGGUCUUCUCGGUCAUCGACAGAGAUGGCGGAGUCAUUGUAUCCAACUUCCUCUCCCCAGAACUUUUAAAAGAGUCUAUGGCAGCGAUUGAGCCUCAUUUUUCGGGCCGUAAGCUGUACACCUCAACAUCGACCCAUGAUGAGCUUGGCGAAGAUUUCUUUCCCGAAGGGUCUCAGCGAGUAUACGGACUGCUGGCUAAGAUGCCUGCGCAAAUUGUCAAGAUCAUGCGGCUGCCCGUUUGGCAGGGCAUAAUGGCGCACUAUCUAAACGAUGAGUUCUCAUCGUACACAGGAGAUAAAUUGGUUCCACAAAAGAGUGGCUACGUGCUAGCCUCAACGGCAGCCUUACGAUUGGUACCGGGGGCCAAGCCCCAGCCUCUUCAUAGGGAUCAAAUUGCAUACCAGACUCGUCCAGACCCGAGCAACCCUCUCUUCACUCCGAUCUUUGGAUGUUUGAUUGCUGGAUCGAAGUGCACCUACAAAAAUGGGGCUACAGCUGUUAUACCUGGCAGUCACCUUUGGGGCGCUGAUCGUAUCCCGAAGUUAGAAGAAUGCACGUAUGCAGAGAUGGAGCCUGGAUCAGCGUUGUUUACUCUAGGAUCCACUUAUCACGCCGCGGGAGAGAACAAGUGUGAUAGAUCAGACCCCGACGCUCUCCGCACUCUCUUUGCAUGCUUUGCGCAGCGUGACUACUACCGGCUUGACCAGGAUGAAGUCCUCAGUACUCCCAUCGAGAUUGCUCGAACUCUGCCCGAUGACAUCCUCAGAUUGGCAGGCUACUACAAGGCUGUUAGCGGAGUUGGCUAUGUCGAGGACCACCAAAACCCAGUGGAGUUUAUGCAAAAGCAGGAGAAUGGGAUUGGCAAGUUUGGGCCGGCUAGCGACAUGAUAACUGUCUAG